UCUCCAUCCCAGACACAGGACACACACACACAUACCAAAAAGACAAAGCAAGAACACAUAAACCAUGUCAAGCAGUGGAAGCAGUAGUAGCGCAGCGGCAAGCAAGCGCCCAAGUGAUCAGGAGCUCACUCAGACCUAUAACACCAUGAAGUCGGAACUCAAUCAGUUAGCACAGAAGAUUGGAGAGCUUGAGACCGAGUCUGAUGAACACACGCUCGUUGUCGAUACCAUCUCACCCUUGGACCCAGACAGGAAAUGUUUCCGUUUGGUUGGAGGUGUCCUCGUAGAACGUACUGUCAAGGAAGUUUUACCGGCACUCAAGACAAACCAAGAAGGCAUCAAGACUGUUACGAUGCAGUUGGUUCAAAAAUACAAGGCCAAGGAAGAUGAGUUUAUGGCAUUCCAAAAGAAAUACAAUAUCCAGGUUAAGCAAUAAUGAUAAAUGUGUCCAUAAAUAAAACG